GCAUUGCAACCAACAAAAAAAAACGUUUUUUGGGAAACGCACCCAUCAAGAGGAGAGGAGAGGAGAGGUGAGGUGAGGGGGCUCCGGACGUCUGAGAUCCCUGAGAUUAAAACUAACGGAGAAAAACAACACAACAACAUGGAUUUCCUGUACUGGACUUCUCAAGAUGUGGCACAGUGGAUGGAAUGCAUCGGAUUCUCCCAGUAUAAGGCCUGUUUCACUGAGAACUUCAUCACAGGCAGAAAGCUGAUUUAUGUCAACUGCUCAUAUUUACCUCGCUUGGGUAUCAAUGACUUCCAGCAUAUGAAGGUUAUCUCAGCUCAUAUUCGAGAACUGCUGGGCAUCUCAGAUGUGCAGUGGAGUCGUAGCGUCGCUGAUGCCCCUGAAGAUGACAUGAGUGUUUUUCUGAAGAUGAAGAGCUGUACUGGUCAGCGAGCAGAAUCCAUCACGUAUGACCAGAUCAAAAACAUCUGCCUAAAGUAACCAUAAAGAUAAGAUCUCAAAUAGAUUGUGUGUAGAUAACCAUACUGUAUGUGUGCUGUAAUAAUGUCAAGAUGUUUAGAGGUUAAGAAUCAGGGACAGUGUUGACCGGUGACUUCUUUUCAAGGUCGCAAGAAAAUGCAAAUACACAACACGUAUUUAUCACAUCAUGUGUGUGGCUCUUCAUGUAAAUUUUGUGAACGGGAGCGUAUCUAUCGACGCUUUUGACACAUCUGCAGCAGGCACGUAUUUUGACAUGACGCAUGAUGCAGACAGGUUAACAUGAUGCAACAGACACAUAUUUUGACAUGACGAGCGACACGCCGAACACAUAUUUUGACAUGACGCAUAGUUUACUUGACACACCGAACACAUUUUUUGAAUUCCCGCCCCUCAGAAGAGAAGUCACCGGACGCCACUGAUCAGAGACAGCACAAGUUUUUGAUGGACAGCCCAAAAGUCAUAUUUUUUUCAAAUAAAAACUAUUUAAACAUGUU